AUGGACCUCAACCGGAGUUGUUCCGUGAAACUGAAUGGUGGGCACAUCAUGCCUGUGCUCGGGUUUGGCACUCUUGCUUCUAAUGACAUAGGUGGAACCCAGGUGACUGGAGGGUUGACCAUGAACAGCCCUGGAAGGGUGGUCAGCAGACAUGCACCCCAUGCCUCGUGCACUCUGGGUGAUGAAUCCUGUUAUUACCAGGUUCCUAAAAGCAAGGCCGGUGAGGCCACCAAAGUGGCGAUUGACGUAGGUUUCCGACACUUCGAUGCAGCAUAUGUCUAUCAAAAUGAGGAGGAAGUUGGCAAGGCCAUUCGAGAGAAGAUCGCUGAAGGCACCGUGAAGAGAGAGGACACAUUCUACACCACCAUGCUUUGGACUACUUUCCGUUGCCCGGAAUUGGUUCGACCAGCCCUGGAAAGAUCACUGAAGGCACUUCAGCUGGACUCUGGAUCUCCAUUACAUUUGCCACUCGCCAUGAAGCCUGGGGAGGAGCUUAUGCCCAAGGAUGCCAACGGGGAGGUUAUUUUACAGACGGUGGACCUGUGUGACACGUGGGCAGCCAUGGAGAAGUGUAAAGAUGCAGGUUUAACCAAGUCCAUUGAGGUAUCCAAUUUCAACUACAAGCAGCUGAAAAUGAUCCUGAAGAAACCAGGGCUCAAGUACAAGCCUGUCUGCAACCAGGUGGAAUGUCAUCCUUACCUCAACCAGAGCAAACUCCUGGAGUUCUGCAAGUCCAAGGACAUCGUUCUUGUUGCCUAUAGUGCCCUGGGAUCCCAAAAGGACCCAACCUGGGUGGCAGGGGGUAGCCCAUCCCUCUUGGAAGAGCCCAUCUUGAAUGCCAUUGCCAAGAAACACAACAGAAACCCAGGCCAGGUGGCUCUGCACUUCCAGCCGCAGCGGGGGGUGGUGGUCCUGGCCAAGAGCUUCAGCGAGAAGAGACUCAAAGAGAACUCUGAGGUUUUUGACUUUGAAUUGACUCCAGAAGACAUGAAAGCAAUUGAAGGACUCAACAGAAAUUUCCGAUAUUUCAAACUACUAUUUGUUGUGGAUCAUCCUCAUUACCCGUUUUCUGAAGAAUACUGACCAUGAGCUAUCACCAUUUGCUCUAGCAGAAUUUCUCAACUUCCAGGGCUUGGAGAGGACUUCUGUGUGUGGUGAAGGUGGCCCCUCUCCUGCUGCUG